GGCAAGUAACUGCAACUCUGAAAUGGUCAGUGGAAACCAGUAACUGCAACUCUAAAAUGUUCAUGUGCAAUCCAUACCCUGUUACAUGCAUCUUCCUCUUCAACUAUGUGCAUUUUUGCAGAUGGUAGCAGACCUCUUUUGUGGAGCAUUUGAUGUGGGAUUACCACCUGUCAUGCCUGGCUCAGUGACAGGGCUUCUUGAUUAUAUCCAUUUAAAACAAAAAUCCCUCUGACUUUGUCUGCAACCAGAAGGUUUUCCUUCUGCGUCCAUCAGAAAUUCAUUAUGGCAGCCUGCUGUGAGCAAUGACAUUUUCUGAAGAAUAUAGAUGCCAAAAAGCCAGACAGAAACAGUGGCCUUGUUUUCCUCUUACUCCAACCUAUUGAAAUGGCACUCUUAAGCUGAUACUGUUGACUAUUGUUAGCAAGACAAACUCUUGGCUGGACUUUUUUUUCAUGAUCCCUACCCCAAUGUUUUGAUGAAUGGUUGACCGUGACAUCAUGUAGUAGGCCCUGAAGUGUUGUCAUAACAGUUGCAAUGGUUUUAUACACUUCCCCAUUUCCCAACAGCUUUCUGUCAGGUCUGCAUUCCUUUUCUUGGGGCCUGAUUUUCCCAUGUUAUUGGUUUGCAGACAGGCUUGUAGCCUCUUUUGUUCCAACCAGCUAUGAAAAACGUCAAAGGUCAGAUGACCCCUGCUACUUUCAUGCACUCUGUAUCAUCAUCACUACUCCCAUCUACCUGGCACUCCUGGUGGCAUCUCUUCCUUUUGCCCUGAUUGGUUUCUUCUUAUGGUCACCUCUCCAGUCAGCCAGAAGGCCAUAUAUUUACUCUAGGCUAGAAGACAAGAGCCAGGUCAAUGGAGCUACACUACUCACUGAAUGGAAAGCUACCAGCAAUGGGAAAAGUUUCUGCUUUGGCAGUGCCAAUGUUUGCCUGCUACCAGACUCCCUGGCAAGGUUUAAUAAUGUUUUUAAUACACAGGCACGGGCUAAAGAAAUUGGACGAAGGAUACGAAAUGGGGCAAGCAGACCACAGAUCAAAAUAUAUAUAGAUUCUCCUACUAACACAUCCAUCAGUGCAGCAAGUUUUAGCAGUUUGGUCUCUCCCCAAAGUGGAGAUGGCACUAACCGUGCAGUUAAUGUAGGCAUCAAAAGGACAACAUCUAUGGAAUAUAAAGGAGACAAUUCUGGUUCAAACAACAGUGAAGAUGGCAGAGAUGCUAAAAGUGGAGCAGGAGAACCAAAUGAAGGAGAGGACAAUAACACAUGUAUAGUACGCAUAAGUGGAGAGGAUAAUGGUCACAUUUCAGACCCAGAUGUGGAUACUGUUAUUAGCCAGCCAAAUAACAGUGGGCCUGCAGACCACACAUCAGAGGGUGACUCAGAGAGCCCAAAGGGUCAAGCACCCAACCAUAAACAAAAAGAUGGAGAUUCUGGGAGUUUAGACAGCUACACUGCCUCACGAGAGUCCCUAGUUAAGGUUCGCAUUGGAGAUGGCACAGUGGACCAAAGCAGCAUUAAUAACAAGCUUCUUUACAAAGCCUCAAUCAUGAAGAAGACUUCUGUGAGGAAAAAGAAGCAUAUGGAUGAGGCCUUUGACCAUGAGAUCUCUGCUUUCUUCCCUGCCAACUUGGACUUCCUGUGCUUGCAGGAAGUAUUUGACAAAAGAGCAGCAGAGAAAUUGAAAGAGCAGCUCCAUCACUAUUUUGAAUACAUUCUGUAUGAUGUUGGGGUCUACAGUUGCCAUGGCUGCUGUAGCUUUAAGUUUGUAAACAGUGGCUUGCUUUUUGCCAGCCGCUAUCCAAUUAUGGAUGCUACCUAUCACUGUUACCCCAAUGGAAAAGGAACAGACUCCUUGGCUUCUAAGGGAGCUUUGUUUCUCAAGGUGCAAGUGGGAAGUACACCUCAGGACCAAAGAAUUGUAGGAUAUAUUUCCUGCACUCACUUGCAAGCUCUGGCAGGAGACACUACUGUUCGAUGUGAGCAACUGGAUCUGCUUCAAGAUUGGCUGGCUGACUUCCGAAAAUCUACCUCCUCCUCCAGCACAGCCAAUCCAGAGGAGCUGGUAGCUUUUGAUGUGAUCUGUGGGGAUCUGAACUUUGACAACUGUUCAUCUGAGGACAAGUUGGAGCAGCAGCAUUCCCUGUUUACACGGUACAAGGACCCAUGCAGACUUGGUCCUGGGGAGGAAAAACCAUGGGCAAUUGGUACCUUGCUAGAUCCUGAAGGAUUAUAUGAUGAUGAAGUGUGCACUCCAGAUAAUCUACAGAAGGUGCUGGAAAAUGAAGAAGGGAGAAAAGGGUACCUAGUCUAUCCCACCAGCAAGAACCAUAGUUCAAGUCAAAAGGGGAGGAAGUCAUCGCUAAAAGGCAAUGGGAGGAGGAUUGACUACAUGCUUUACACAGAAGAGGGUCUCUAUCUGGAAUGGAAAGUGGAAGUGGAAGAGUUCAGCUUUAUUACCCAGUUAGCAGGUUUGACAGACCAUCUGCCUGUUGCCAUGCGUCUGGUGGUAUCUACGGGGGAAGAUGAUCCUUAAAACUGACCAGCUUAGAAGAUCAGAAGCAGAAAGUUUCAGCUUGUGACAUAUAGAAGAAGAUGGGAAAGAAUUUUGCUGGUGCCACAUUAAGAAAAAUUACCGGACCUGACCCACACUAUCCCCAACUCCAUCUCCUUUCAAGUUCCUCCCCAAAAUGUACCAACAUUUGGGGACAUAAAGAGGGAAGAAAUAUGUGGGUUUGGACCAGUAACAAACCACUAUCACAAGUUGCUCAGGCAACAGGGCAGGCCUUUAUCUCAAUACUUUCACUGUGGACCGAAAGGAACCAAGAUGGAAGUCCCAAUUCCUUUUGAACCAGUGCCAUUCUUACUAAAAUACAUUUUUAUACUAAUAUAUAGCACAAAUUAGUUUGUAAUUGGUCUGUGAGUUAGUGCUGCCCAAUGGUUUUUGCAUAAUUUCUUUGUAUAACUAAGAAACUAAGGCUUUUUUCUUUUCUUUUCUUUUUUUAGCCUAUUAAUGUUGUAGUAGCAUGCCUGCAUCAGUAGCAUGCGCUCGCAUUGCAUGCCACUUUGAGACAAAAUAGUCAUUAAGAUACCAUGGGGGAAAAUAAAAAUAGAAAUGGGAAUUCAAAGUCAGAAACUAGCCAAAGAAAAGUAUUCUGGGACUGGCUAGCCAUUUUUCAAUUAGCUUGGUGGGUUUUAAAACUAAAAUCUAUGUUCAGUUUGCAGAUCAAGAUUUUUCUUUCAGAGCCCUCGGUUUAAGGAUGAGACUGAAAAUUGAGAAAUUAAACUCUCAAAAUUCACUUUUACUGUUAUUUAUCUACCUUUAUUUUCCUUUCCCACAUCUAAAGCCGUUCCAUUUCCAGUACAAGGAAACAGAGCAUGUUAUGAUAAUGUAAAUAGAUUCAUGUGAUACUGCUGGUAACACUGGAGCCAAUGGUCUGCCUUUGCUGGAAAGAGUUAAGAAAUGGCUUGUAAAAUGCAUGCUAGAUAUUGGGUUAAACAUAAACAGAGAAAGCGAUGUUUUCAGGAAACGGAGUGGAGUGAGAGAGAUAAAGACAGUGUAAGAUAUAGUAGUUCCUUUGAAAAUCAAUUUCGAGAGAAACAGAAAAUGGUAGUUGGCAGCAGAAUAAUGAGAAUGGAACUGUGAAUCCCAAUCUAAAAGACCUCUCUUCUGAACUGAAGGUAAUUUUUCAUGUGUUAGAGGUGACCCCGCAUUGUUUAUACACUAAUGGACUUCAUAGGAGUCUUGACCAUUUGAUUUUUUUCCCCACCAUGUAGAUGCAUCAGGCUUCUCUUAGCAUUGAUUCUCUUUACCUUUCUGUCCCCAAGACCUUCUCGCCUACCCUAUCCCUUCUUACCUCUCUGACCCUGAAUUAUUAAAUGAAAAAUUAGGGGUGAGAUUAUUAACUGGGGCUUCCCCCCCCCCCCCCCCUUGUUCAUUUAAGGAUUUAAAAUGAGACAAGAGCAAGGGCACACAUGGCAGCAGAGGGGGACACUGCUCUGAAGAAAAGUGAUUUGUUCCAUCAAAACUGGUGGGAGAUACUGCUGGGCCCACAACAUCAGCUAUAUAUCCUUUACUUAUUAAUCCAACUCAGUACUUAUCUUUUCCUUCAGUCUAACCCUAUGUUAUGUUAUGUUUCUUUUUUUAAAGAAAACAGAAGACUAGGUAAAUUUAAACUUUAGCUAUACACACACACUUGUUUCUGUUUAAAUAUUUCAGUUAAACUACCACAGACUCCUGUGUGGAUGCUUAUUCUGGUUGAGCAUAAACCUGUUGCGAAUAGGCUGAAACAAAGCCAAAAUAGCAACACGGGUUUAAAUAGCAACUAAGGUCAUGUGUAGACAAAAUGAGGAGCGCGUGUA